AUGCGCCCACCCCACCUCUCCCGUUCCAGGUGGAACUCGUUAACAGCGGCCGCCCGGCUAAUACACACCGCCACCUUCCUCCCCCACGCACCAUCGGAGACCAGGGCAAGUGAGGGCGGCGGGCUGGAGCGGACUCCGGCCACCACCAGGCCCCCGCCGACCCCUGCCCCAUCACCUGUGGGGAAAGCGCCCCCUCCCCCGGCCUCUCUGCCCUUCACGCCGCCCGUCUGCCCCCCACGGCAGCCGCUCCCCGCCCGGCCUGCGAGGACAGAGCGCGGCGCCGGGCUCCCCUCCGCCGCGGCGGGGCCCCAGCCCCUUGAACUGGUUACAACCGGCGGCGGCGACCGAGCGGGGCAGUGGGCGGCGGGAGGGUCCCCGGCUGGGAGGGGGAGAACGGGCAGGCCCAGAGGAGCGGGGAGUCGCAAGGUCCUACCUAACACCGUCGGUCUCCUCCGUCUCCUCCUCAACGGCAGCGGCCCCGGUGGUGGCGGCGGCAGCGACAUUCCUGGGGAGCGCUCCCGCCGCCGCCGCCUCCUCCUCCACUCUCUGCUCGCCUCUCUUCCCUGGCGCGCUCACCGAGCGCCGCGUCCCUUCAGCCACCUCCCCCCGCCCGCCCCAACACACACGCCCCGAAACCUCAAGCCCUACGGCUCCCGUGGCCGGGUAACCCACCCUCCCUCCCUCCCCGCCACCAGCGGCGGCCCCGUCCCUCCCCCCUUCCCCGGCGCCCGCUGCCGCGCCGGGCUCAGUAAUGGCGGCCACUCGGGCUCCCUCGCGCUGACGGAUCUCUCCCUCUCUCCCGAACUUUACCUCAGCAUCUCUCCCGGCGCGCACCGCCGGAACGCACACGCGCGCGCGCUGCCACACACCCGGCCGGGGGCGGAGCGGCGGCGCAACCUCGACGGGGCGCGCGCGCGCGCACCCGCACCGCCCUCCCCACAAUCCCUCGCCCCCGCCGCCCUCACCUCGCGACGCCUCCCGCGCCGCGCGCCCGGCUGGGCCCCGCCCCUGCUCUCGUCUCCCGGGAGCCUGGGAAGGCGCGAGCGCCGGAGCCGGAGGGAGGGAGCGAGCGCGCGGGGCCGCGUUCUCGCUCGCGUCCAGGCUCCCCCAUUGGCUUCUGCCCCUCCCCCUCCCCCUUCUUCCUCCGCCUCUCCCAUCCAUUGGUUCCCUCUCCUACUCCAUUCCUUCUCACCUUUUCCCUUUUACCCAUUGGCGUGA